UACAAAGCAAUUGAUAUGUACGAAUGGGUAGAAGCCCUAAAAUUAAAAUUAGCAGCAGUGACCAAACCUGUGUUGAAGAACUCGAAGAUGGCCUCUGUUACUCUUCUCCGUCCAUGCUUCCUUCACACUCACACUCACACUCACACUCACAUCCUCAAACCCCCUUCUACCCUAACACUUAGACCCUUCCCAAUGUCUACAUCCAAAUCGAAGCUCAAAAGCGGCGUCGUUGUGGCUCGAAUGUCAAAUCCCCAAAACAAUUCCUCGCCGCCAGCGACGGAGCGGUUAAUCUCCGUCGUCGCUUACACACUCCCAUUCUUCAACUCUGUCCAGUACGGUCGAUUCAUCCUCUCACAAUACCCAAACCUAGCACUCCUCUUCGACCCUAUAAUUCCACUACUCUCGUUCUACAGGUCCAUUCCUUACUCCUCCUUCGUAGCAUUCUUCGCACUCUACUUGGGAAUCGUCAGAAACCCUAGCUUCCCCAAGUAUGUGAGGUUCAACGCAAUGCAAGCCGUCACGCUCGACGUGCUCCUCGUGAUUCCACUACUACUCCAACGGAUCUUCUCUCCGGGUCGGACCGGGCUCGGGUUCCGGGUGACGAUUUGGUCGCACAAUGCUAUAUUCCUAUUCAGCGUCAUGUGCUUCCUCUACAGUGUGGGGUCUUGUGUUUUGGGUCGUACACCUUACUUGCCUUUUGUUGCCGAUGCUGCUUCUAGGCAAAUCUGAAGAAGAUUCAUUCGUCUUGUUAUUUUGCAUUUCAAGUUCUGCUUGUGUUAUAUUGUAUCUCCCAUUACAGUGAAACUAAAAUUUCACCUUGAAUACAAUUUCUAGUCGCGAAUUCCUGCUACAAUGUAUUGCUUACGAACAACUCAACAAGUAGCAAAA